UUCAAACGCACAGGCAGCACAUUAUGAACGUUGGUACCUCCCUGAGCCAGAGGUUACGCAGCUCGUGCAGGUGUUUUGCAUAAGGGAGCUCCUCGCUUUCCCCUUAACAGUGUGCCAAGACGCUACCUGAAGUCAUGGCUGACCAGUUGGCCGCCAUGUGUGAUCAGCUUAUUAAAGCUGUGAAUGUGAUGAUGGAUCCAGAAACAGACCAAAUUUACCGACUGGAGGCCCUAAAGUUUUGCGAAGAGUUUAAAGAGACGAGCACCUUCUGUGUCCCAUGUGGCUUACAACUGGCCGACAAAGCCCAGACAGCUGUAGUGAGACACUUUGGUUUGCAAAUUCUGGAGCACGUCAUCAAGUUUCGAUGGAACAACAUGCAACAACAAGAGAAAGUUCAGUUGAAGGAGUGUGCCAUGCAGCUGUUAUCAACUGGUACUCAUGCUAUCCUGGAGGAGGAGAGCCACAUCAAAGAUGCCCUGUCAAGAAUCAUUGUGGAAAUGAUAAAGAGAGAAUGGCCUCAACAUUGGCCAGAUAUGCUGAAAGAGAUGGAGGCUCUCACCAGCCAUGGGGAGGCACAGACGGAGCUGGUAAUGUUGAUCCUGUUGAGGCUGGCGGAGGAUGUGAUCACCUUCCAGACGCUGCCCACCCAGCGACGCAGAGACAUCCAGCAGACACUCACCCAAAACAUGGAAAACAUCUUCAGCUUCAUGAUUGCCAUUCUGCAUGUUAAUGUUGAGGACUACCGUAAACUGAAAGGGUCACCUGGACAUGAACUGCAGGCCAGAGCUCACUGUCGAGUUGCUGUGGCUACACUGAACACGCUUGCAGGCUACAUAGACUGGGUGUCUCUGGUGCACAUUACCUGUGGAAACUGUCACCUACUGGAGAUGUUGUGUUUGCUGCUGAGUGAACCGGAGCUGCAGCUGGAGGCAGCAGAGUGUCUGCUCAUCGCUAUCAGCCGGAAGGGCAAGCUGGAGGAUAGGAAGCCAUUCAUGCUGCUGUUUGAUGAUGUGGCCAUCCACUACAUCCUUUCUGCAGCCCAGUCAGCCGAUGGACUUGCAAUAUGUAAGAAAUCCUCUGAAUCACAAGCAGUGGAGGUGGUGGAGCGGCGUUACAUCUUCCUGAAGAGGCUGUGUCAGGUCCUGUGUGCUCUGGGAGGACAGCUCUGCUCGUUAGUGGGUUCAGAUGUAGAGGUCGAGGUACCUGCAAAUCUCAGCAAGUACAUGGAAGCCUUUUUAGCCUUCACUACACAUUCCAGUCAGUUUUUAAAGUCGUCCACUCUGGCUACUUGGGGAGCUUUGUUCAGACAUGAGACUCUGUCAAAGGAUGUGGUUGUUGUGGAUAAGGCCAUCAAAUACCUCAGAGCGUGUAUGACCAACCUAGUCAAGACUGGAUUUCCAUCUAGAGCUGAUAACCCAAGCUGCGAGUACUCACGUGUGGACUUUGACAGCGACGAGGACUUCAAUUCUUUCUUUCAUUCUUUCCGAGCACAGCAGGGAGAGGUGGUGAGGAUUGCAUGUCGCAUUGUCCCUCUGGAGGCUUUCCAGAUAGCAGCAGAAUGGUUACAGUAUCAGAUCGCCAGCCCUAUUGAUACCGGGGCUACCACAUCUAAGACUGCUGAGGGCCUGUGCUCCCUCCUGUCUCCAUCAGUGGUCCAGUGGGAUGCAAUGACCGUCUUCAUGGAAUGUAUGGUCGCACAGAUCUUCAAAAAUGUAGAAGAGGAGAAAUUGCCCAUAGAUCAGAGCAUGGAGCUGCUGCAGGCUGUGCUGAACUACGACACCAAUGACCCGCUCAUCUUGUCCUGUGUGCUCACCAACGUCUCUGCCCUCUUCCCAUUUGUCACUCUAAGGCCGCACUUCCUGCCACCGGUCCUCUACAAGCUGUUGAAAGCCAUCACAUUUGAGGUUGGUCAGGAAAGUAAGGCACCUCGAACCCGAGCUGUAAAGAACGUGAGGAGGCACGCCUGUUCUUCCAUCAUCAAAAUAUGCCGGGAUUACCCACAGUUCAUCUUGCCUUGUUUCGACAUGUUUUACAAUCACGUAAAGAAGAUGUUCUCGGGGGACGCCGUGCUCACUAACAUGGAGAAAUGUUCACUGAUGGAAGCUCUGGUGCUCAUCAGUAACCAGUUCAAAGACUUUGCAAAGCAGAAGGCUUUUCUAGAUGAACUGAUGGCUUUAGUAGUUGCAGAAUGGACCUCGGAUGAGAUGAGGCAUGUGCUGUGGGACCCUGCUAUGUUCCUGUCCUUUGUUGGAGCUGAUCAGGUUGUCACGGAGCAAAGUAAAGAUACAGACACAGCGGCCCUUAAUAGGGGGCGGUUGAGCUUCUGCUUGUAUGCCAUGUUGGGGGUGGUGAAGCGGGCACGCUGGCCUACAGACCUGGAGGAAGCCAAGGCUGGUGGCUUUGUGAUGGGCUACACUCCUGCAGGAGCUCCCAUCUACAGAAACCCCUGCACUUCCCAGUUUCUGGUCUUGCUCCCCAACCUGCUGGCUCUAAUCAGGACUCACAACAGCUUGUACAUGCCAGAGAACAUGGCUCGUCUGAGUGCGACUUUCUCCAGGGCCCAUGAAGUGAUGGAUGCAGAGAAAAAUGUGGUUCUUGGUCUCUCUCAGCAUCUUCUGGAUAUUUAUGACUCUCCUGUGUAUAGAACCAACCUGGAGCGAAUGCAGGGAUUUUUCACCACAUUGUAUGACAACUGCUUCCAUGUCCUGGGGAACGCGGGUCUGUCUCUGCAGCAGGAAUUCUACACCAUUGAGAGGUUGGCAGAAGAAAUAUCUGGCUCUGCUUUUGUCUCCCUCGACCAUGUGCCUGACCACAGACUUCGCCCUAUGAUUCGGGUGUUUCUGAGGCAGUUGGUGGUGUCAUGUCCUCAGGAGUACUACAACAGUCUACUCUGCCCCCUGCUGGGACCUCUGUUCGCCUACAUGCUGCAGAGACUCAACGCCAAGUGGCAGGUCAUCAACCAGAGGACUUCUGUCAUUGGGGAGGACGAGGAGGAGGUGGUGUGUCAGGAGAGCCAGGUGACGCAGGAGAUGUUUGAGGAGCAGCUGGUUCGCCUGCUCACCAGGGAGGUGCUGGAUCUUCUCGCUGUGAGCUGUAUUUCCAAAAAAGGGCCUGAACCAGCAGCAAAUAAGGAGGAAGUAGAUGAGGAAGACAUGAUGAUGGAUUUAGUGCAGACGGCGUCUCCUGCCCAGCCCACAGAGGAGCUGACUGAGCUGGGAAAAUGCCUGAUGAAACACGAGAACAUCUACAUGACCCUGUUGACCCUCUCCUUCACCUCUCUGUCGUGGAAGGACACCACCAACUGUCACCGCACUGCCUCCAUGGUCUGCUGGACACUUUUGCGGCAGGUUGUAGGGGGUAAUCUUCUUCCUGAGGCAGUGACGUGGUUCUAUACCAGUGUUCUUCGGGGCCUUCAGGUUCACGGGCAGCAUGAGGUCUGCAACUCUGCCCUCUCUCAGCUGGCCAUGCUCAUCUAUGAAAACCUGCGUCCUCGCUACAUUGAGCUGAAAGUAGUGAUGACCCAGAUCCCAAACAUCAGUGUGGAGGCUCUGGACCAGUAUGAUCACAGGCUCAUGGACCCCAAUGCCCCGAAGGUUGGAGACAAGAAGAGGAAAGACCAGUUUAAGAAGCUCAUUGCAGGAACUGUUGGGAAAGCUCUGUGCCAGCAGUUCAGGAAGGAGGUUCAUAUCCGGAAUCUUCCAUCGCUCUUUAAAAAGCCAAAGCCAGACAAGGAUCUGCUACCGAACAGUGAAGCACUGGGCCUGGCAGCUCUCUUCUCCCCAGAGAAUAAUACCCUGUAGGAACACAUAGUGGUUCUAAUGGACUUCUGACUGAAGACGGAGUUGUGUACAAACCAGGGUUUCCCCCCACCGUCCUCCAGCUGGAGCAGCGUGGCUUUACCUAACAUAACUGCCAACAACCUGUUUUCCAAUAGGUAAUCUUUUAUGUCACUCCUCGUUGUGCCACAGCACCACUCGCACUCCUAAGUAAUUUCUUUCCACUAGUCAUUUGUCCAGGCAAGUAUCACACAUUAGAUCCCGUUUUUAAAUCCUAUUGCACACUUCUCCAUUCCCUUGCUCAUACCAAUAAAGUAGGAGCUUAUGGAAAUGUGGAGUAACUAAAAUGGUCUGUUUCUGUUAGAUUGUGUUAAGAGACCAUCUUAAAAUAGCAGACUAUUAAUAUUUGCUCAGCCGCAGCUUUAUAGAGCCACACAACUAUCUUGAAACGGGAUGGUUUUGUAUUCUGUCGUUUCACUUUGGACCUUUUUUCAUUUUAAAGGGCAAUAUUUGCCCAUUGCUCAGCAUCAUGCACACUAAGCAUGUCAGAUAUAUGGGACAAGGGGAGCCCAGCUGCGGUUUGAUAUACAGCAUAGAAAUUAGCAUCUAAUGAUAUCCAAACAAGCAAAGCCAAUAUAGCCAAUAGCUGCAGGAGUAGCCUAUUAGGAGUGUGUGUGUGGUUUGUGGAGAGGUUUUUGUACCUCUCCACAAGUACUUUUGUUUUUUUUUUUUUUUUUUUUUAAUUUUAAUAAUAAUUUUAGAAGUUGGUGUUGGCAGAUAUGUUGUGUGAGCACACUGCUGCUGUCGAGGUUAUUAUAUUCUGGGUCAAGAAGAAGUGAAAUCUUGGACAAAUCCUUGUACACAUUUCUGUAUUUGCCGUUAUUUCCUUUUGACUGGACAAGCUUGAAUGCAGUCUCUGAUUCUGAAGGAUGUGCUUAGGUGCCUCAGGUGUGACGUUCCCUAAGAUGGGGUGAAGAUGCUUUAUGGAAACACCCUAAGAGAAAAAAGCAGCUGGUUUGUGUUUUCAUGAAUGGUUAUUGUAGUUAAUAGUUAAUAUGUACAACAGUUUUCUAGUAGUGCAGAUAAUACACAGUAGUUGGUUUAGGCAAUGAUGGUUUUCAUUUUAUCAGUUCCUUAUCAGCACAAACUAACAGCCCAAGUACAAUUUUUUUUUUUUUUUUUUUUUGUUGGGCAUUGCUGCCUUUUUGGAUAGGAAAGCUGGGAUAU